UGACAGCAAAUAAACAUGAUAUGGUUCAACGUCCACUCGGCAGAAUUUGAAGAUGAACUUUAAAGAAACAUUUGUUAAAGCGUUUCCAGAGAACAAAAACAUUCUACUCUUAGCUGGAGGUGCUGGUCUUACUGUUGUAGGAUUGGGACUAGGAUAUAAGUAUUUUCUAAAGAAAUCGGAGAAAGUGACCCGAGUGGGAGUUGUCUCACAGCUGCUUAUUCACCCACUGAAGUCUGGCAAAGCUGUGUCUGUAUCCCUUGCAGAGUGUCAACAGAUUGGUCUGAAGUACGGCGAACUGCAAGAUCGGCACUGGCUGGUGAUCACCGAGGACGGUCAUUUCGUGACGGGCAGACAGGAGCCUCGUCUAGUGCUGGUGUCUCUGACCAGUGAGAGGGGCCAAACGUGCUUAAAUGGACCAGACAUGGAAGAGCUGCGGUUCCCGUUGCUGCAACCGGACAACGCCAUCAUCAACUGCAGAGUGUUUGGUGCUGACAUCCAGGGCAGGGACUGUGGAGAUGAGGCGUCUGACUGGCUGACUCGCUUCCUGGGGGUGGGUAAAACCUUUCGUCUGGUGCACUUUGAACCCCACAUGACACCCAGGAGGGCAGCGGACAAGAUUCCUCUCUUUCCCCCCAAUGAAAAGGUGGUGUACCCGGACAUUGCACCGGUCAUGUUGCUGUCCGAAGCGUCUGUGAAUGACCUUAGCAGCCGCUUGGAGAAGGCGGUCACUGUGGCACAGUUUCGACCAAGCAUCGUUGUCAGUGGUUGUGAAGCUUUUGAAGAGGAUUCUUGGGAAGACAUCCGUAUUGGAGACGUGUGGCUGCAUCGUGUCAUGGCAUGUGGAAGAUGUAUAUUCACAACGGUGGACCCUGAAACGGGAGUCCUUACUGGAAAACAGCCACUGGAGACACUCAAAAGUUAUCGAAAGAGUGACCCAGCCCAAAAGAACAUCUAUAAGUCUGCCCCACUGUUUGGACAGAUGUACAUUGUCCGCAAGACUGGCUUCCUACAAGUUGGAGAUGUGGUGUACAAGAUCAGUCACUGAGAUGGAAGAUAGAUAAUAAUAACAAUAAUAUGAAUAAGUCUCAUUUUGGAUUGUGUGAAGUGCAACAAAGGUUUGUGAUCCGUAAAAAAUUAGAUUUUCAAUGUAUCAUACUACUUGCACAAAACAGUCAGGAAAGUCUGAAGAUCUAAAAUGUGUGACCGUACACAAAUGGAUGAUGUGUGACUACACAAAUGGAUGAUGUGUGACUACACAAAUGGAUGAUGUGUGACUACAAGAAUGCCAGUUUUUGCCCUUGAAAACAACUUUUACAAUGACAGGCUGAAAUUAUACAAAGUCUUCACGAUGCACUUUUAUUAUCCUAUUAGAAUUCAAGACAAAUGACAAAAAAUUAUAAAAUGAACAGUUAUUUCCUCAGAUUAACAGCAGUCUUUUGAAAGAGUAAAGAUUAAGCCUUUUUUUUUGGCAGAUUAGAUGAUUUUGUGAUAUAACUUUUUUUCAUAUAUAAACUGGACUAUAAUGUAACAGGAUUGUAAUAUUACAGGACUAUAUAAAUGUUAUGAAUAAUGACAUAGAUGGCUUGAAGGUUAAUGUUACUUUAAUUACUAUCAAUAAAUGGAAAUAAGACUAACUAAUCAGUAUACAGGUGGCCUCUAUUCUGGGGUGUGUUUAGCUUUAACUAUCUUUUACUAUGUUCAGUCUACUUUUCUGUCAGUUUGUGUUCUCAGUAAAAGUAAACAAUCA